AUGGCAUUUACUGCUGAUCAGAAGGAGAUCUUUCUUUUGGUCAAGAGGGGUGAUAAGCCAGACUUAUCUGAAGUGGAGAAGUUUGACAGGUCAAAACUGAAGAAAACUAACACUAAAGAAAAAAAUACUCUUCCCUCAAAGGAAACUAUCCAGCAGGAGAAAGAGUGUGUUCAAACUUUGUAA